UUUCGUACCACUGCGGAAGGUACAAUUUACCUUCUCUCAAGUGAACGGCUCGUUUAUUCUAUGGGCUCGUGUGUUUGAGUGCUGUGGUCGGGUCAGCGGCUGAGGCUUUGAGCGCCGUCGACGAUGGUGAGUGUCCCGCGCGUGCCUGCCACUGCUCUGCGGUACGCGCCCAACGGUCGGCGGCGACCGCUGCGAUUUCGGCAUGACCCAGCGCGUCGGCAUCUGGCAGACCAUUGUGAAGGAGCCCGGUGAUCUGGGGAUGUGCAGGGAGGCUUCUCCCCUGAUGUCAGCCGAGCAUCUACGGCAUGCUGCCCCCCUGGUGGGCCGCAUGCCCGUGGUGGUGUGCCCGUCCCAGCUUGACUUCUACCUGGACCAACAGGAGAGCCACAAGCAGGUGCUCACCCUGUACAACAUCAAUGACUUCUCGGUCCGCUUCCAAUUGCUGUCGAAUGCGCCAAGAUGCUAUGCGGUUGCAGAGCCCGAGGGAGUGCUCAAGCCCCACUCCUUUACUGACGUAGUGGUGCGCCACCGGGAGGCAUUGGAGGCAAAUGUAGGCCGUCGCGACCACCUGCGCAUCAUUAUGCGGGAGGAAGGGGGUCGUCUGCACGGACACAGGGACAUCCCAGCCACCCUGCGGCCAGCACGCAGCCGGGGGGACGAGCCUCUCUCAGCGACCACUGGUUCUGUGCCCCUGGAGCCAUCACUUGGAGCUGACCGUCGGCUGAGUCAAAGAACCACAAACGGCCCAAGCCCUGCAGUUUUUGUGGUGGCUGUGGCCUGCCUAGUGGCUCUGGUGCUGCCACUAGAGGGAGCAAGUGGCAGCAGCAGCAGCAGCAGCAGCAGCAGUAGCCAUCCGUUUCUGCAGCUCACCCACCAGCAGAAACUGAUUGCCGCCUACAUCCUUGGGCUUGUGACAAUGCUCGUCGUCCGCCAGUGAAGGAUGCCUCCAUUCUUUUGGUGCCAGAGGAACGCUGGACGUCCUCCACAGCAGCUUUGUGAAUUGCUGUCUCGACUAUAGCGCUUACGGAUGCCUGUUUUUAAUAAUGAAAUGUGCAAGGACUGUUUUGCGAUGAUGCCUACUCACAGACUUGCCCUCUCGACGAAAAGCCUCGUCGUGCACGACCACGUUACUCCCUGACAAAGAAGCUGCCUGCCGGUAAUUCUGCCAUGUGUGUACAUUUGCAGGCUUCAAGCGAGUGCGAGCCUAGCGAGUUCAAUAAAAGCUUUGGUACGACA